AUGGCUAUAGCGGCAACUUUACAAGUCUCACUAUGUCUCGAUCUUUUAGAAGACAAACCUGAGGAUAUUGGAAAACAAAUGUGUUGGACAUCAUUUGGUUGGGGCAGUUUUUCCAUAUUCAUCGGAUGGCUUGUGGAUUGGUUUAGCAUUAAUAAAAAGGAAAAAGGAUAUUCACCAGUUUUUUAUUCGGGUUUUUUUCUCUCAAUUUGUAAUUUAUUUGUCAUAAACAAACUUAAAGUAAUCGAAACGAAAAAAACCGAAGGCAAAUGGAAUAGUAUAUAUGGAUUGUUAACUAAACAUUAUGUGAUUUUAUUUUAUAUAUGGGCAAUAUUAAUCACAUUUCUCCAUACAAUUAUUACACAUUUUCUAUUCUGGUACAUGGAGGAUUUAGUUUCUGCUAACAAUGACCACAGCCAACGGGAGUGGCUAAAAACGCUUCAAGGUAUAGCUCAAUUCAUCCAAUGUUUUGGCGGUGAAAUACCAUUUUAUUUCUGUUCUGGAUGGGUAAUCAGAAAGAUGGGUCACAUUAACUGCAUGGUCAUAGUGAUGGGAACCAUGGCUAUCCGGUUGUAUCUUUACACAGUCAUCUGGAAUCCAGCUUGGAUCAUUGCAAUAGAGCUGUUGAAUGGCGUGUCGUAUGCAUUGGGAACAUCAGUGAAAUUGUCGUACUCGAAACUUAUGUCCCCCGAGGACUCCAUGAACAUUCUAAUGGGAAUUUUAAUACUUCUCGAUGGCAUUGGUGAAUCUUUAGGUAGUCUACUGGGCGGAUUUUUAUUCGGAUCAUACGGUGGAGUGUGGUCGUUUCGAUUUUUAGCUUACGGUUCUGCUUUGAUGUGCUUUUUAAACAUACUAAGCAAUCGUUUCGGGUUGACUAAAGAUUUGACAAAUAAUAAUUUUGUCGCAGUGCCUAUGACAGAAAAUAACCAGAAAAAUGAUGAAGUUGAUAUCAACAUUUAA